ACUUACAAUUGAAAACAGGGAGAGGAAAGAGACCCGAGAGAGAAAUAACGCAUAGGCGCGCAUUUGACUCUGGGGUUUAUCAGAGGUUUAUGUUGUAGAACCCUAGAAUUUGAUAGCAGUUUACACAAAGUAGCUGCUGGAUUAUCAAUUGGGCGAUUACCAUUUUAUCAAUAAAUCGAAUCUGCUUAAAUUUUAUUUCUUCAAAUGGCGAAUUUGCUCGCUUCAUUGUCCCAAAGUUUCCGAACUGUUCCUUCAGCAGCUAUUCCUGCAAUGCUAGACUGCAUCUUAACUUCAACGGGCACUUCUCCUUUAUCCCUUUUCGAUUCCUUGCUUUCAGAUUUCUCAAAUCUUACAAAGGAGAAUUUCGAUGAUAUUAAGAAGAUGAGUUCUGAGGAAUGUGGAUAUCUUGUAUCCUAUCUCCGAGGGCUUUGUCAUCUUAUGAAGAAAAUGGUUGUUAGUUCUGCCACUUUAGAGAGUUUUGUGUGGGAAGGUUUCAUUCCUUUGAUAAAAAUGGUUCAUCUGUAUGAGAAAUCAAUGCUUCAUGAGAUUGUAGAAUUUUUUCUUCAAGUUGCUAGGGAAACCAAUAAUUGGGAGCUUAUUGAGACAACACUAGUUCCGAUUCUCUUGAGAUCAGUAAGCCUUUCCAUGGAAAUGAAUCAAAAUGAAGAGAAGUCUGUCAUCGAAUGGAGUACGAAGUUUGUCUUUCACAGCUCUAGAGAAUCAUUAAAAUCAGGCAGUGCAUCAGAUUUUAUUCCAUUUCUUUCAUUGACUUUGUCUUGCUAUGUUUUGAGCUGCGUAUUAGAUACUGCUACAGAGAUGUAUCAGACUGAGAAAGGGCCUUGCAUCUCAGGCAAUAUCUUCCAAGCUGAAACAUUUUGUGGGCAUUUGCUAUGGGAUUUAUGUAAUUUGACUAUCAAAAUGCUUUCUCAGACCCUUGAUCAUAGGUCUUGCACUGUCAGUCUUCUCCUCCCUUCCAUUUUUAAAGCAUUUGCAUGCAAGUGCUCAUUUGAAGUUUGCAUUCAAGGAGAAAAUUGUUGUAUUUCCAGGCAACAUUUCUUCUUGAGACUGUGGAAGUGUUCCAAAGCGUUAUUUUCUAUGGGAUCUGUAGAGAGGAGGGAUGCAUAUGGCGUAAUAUCUUUGUAUCUAUCUUAUUUUUGUUCUGUUGAUUGUGCACAAGUGAAAAUGUAUGAUAAGGCAGAAGAAUUUGACAUAAGAGCCGAACAAGAAUUUUGGGAUGAAAUUAAAAGAGGCUUGGUCGAGAAAGAAAGCUUAAUAAGGAAGUUGUCCUUAUUCAUACUGAAGAGAGUGGUAGUAAAAAAUGAGGCACAACUGCUUAAUCCAACAACUGUUUUUGAGAAAAAGUCACGCCAGAGAGGUUCAAUUGCUCGCGGCAUGACAAAAAGGGAUCUUUGGGCUGAAGAGGAAGCCAAGUCGCUGGGUGUUGGACAAACUUCCCUCUCAGCUGAUAAACAUUUGAGUGAACUGCAGAAGUGGGAGGCAUUCAUACUUCUCUAUGAGAUGCUUGAUGAGUAUGGCACUCACUUGGUUGAAGCUGCAUGGAAUCAUCAGAUAAUUCUGCUACUUCAAUCUUGCGUUUCCCAUGAAAGUUCCAUGGAUACUGAUGUAUCCCAGCAGCAAAUUGGUGUGCAUGGUGGAAACUUUGGUUGGCUAGCUAUAUUGUGGGAACGAGGACUAUUUCAUGAUAACCCUCAUGUUAGAUGCCUGAUAAUGAAGUCAUUUUUGGAUAUCGAGUGGAAGAAUCAGGGCAAUUGCAGUGAGCUGUUUCGGGUGGAUUUUGUACUUGGUGCAUUGAUGCAAGGGCUGAAUGAUCCAGUUCACCACAAAGAUUUUGGUAUAAAAGGAGUCUACUCCUCGAAAACAAUAGAAGGGGCCUCGAAGUUCUUUCAUCAAUAUUGUAGUUUCCUUGUGGGAAGGGAGCAGAUAUUGUUUUUGUGCAAGUUGACAUCUGUAGCAAGACAGCAUGCCUUCGGCCGAGCCGGUUUGAUGAGUCUGUCAGCAUGUAUUUUUGCUGCUAGUGAAUCUUUCAAGUUUUCGGUAGCUGAGGGGCAUGUUGAAGGUGCAGGUUGUGCUGGGCAAUGCAUGAAUGCCUUAACUGAUAUGAAUGGAUUGCAAUCUCCAAAAAGUCAACUUUGUGCUGAUAAAGCAGAAUUAAUUGACAAUCUAAGGUAUCUUGUAGAAAAUAGCAAGCAACACUUCAAUCCUAAUUACCGUCUCAGAGUUUGUGAGAAUGUUAUUGAAGCUGCUGUAUCAUUAGUGUGUGUGGAUGAGCUAUCUUUUGAGACACUUUUGCAUUUCAUAGCAGCAUUUCCACGUGAAUCUACUGAUAGUGGUGGUACUCUAAGGAUCAAAGUGAAAGCAUGGUUUACAGGGGAUCAGAAGCAGAAUUAUGCUGUGAAAAUAUCUAGUUUAAAUAUGAAAACUGCUAAAAGUUUGCAUGACUUCCCAAUAAGAUUUUCCUCUCAUCAAUAUAGUUCAAAUGUUGGCAUUUCGUAUGAUGAUGAAGACUUGUUUGCAUGGAGUGCUGAAGCAGAAAGAUGGGCUAGAGUUUUUUUCCUUUACAUGGAGGAAGAGCACCAUUUCGAACCUCUUUUUAGGUUUCUUGAAGAAAAGGGUGUAACCAUCUGCCAAAAAAGCAACUUGGGGGAGUGGAUACCUGUGAAGUUUCUCAUGUUGAUCUUGAGUAUUGUCCAUGAGCUUGAAAUUAUGCAGAAAAGCGUCGGUGAAUGCACCAAAUUAGAAAAGAAUAAUUCUAAAGCCAAGAAUAAGGGCUGUGUUAUUGCAGAAAAAUUCUCAAAUGUUCUUCUGGUCAUAUUGGAGGACUUAAUCUCAUUUGCUGAGUCAUCUUGUUCAAUAUUCUGGUCUCAUCUUGUGAUGGAAAAUAGGCUGCCUGGUUCUGUAACUGGAAAGUUAGGGGGCCCUAGUCAACGAAGGCUAUCUUCUCCUAUGACAACUUCUGUUCUGCAAGCUAUUGUGUCAGUGAGAACUGUUGCAAAUGUGUCAUCAUGGUGUGCUUAUUUGAAAGAAGAUGCUCGACUAAACCUUGCCUCCACUUUCCUGUGGAGAAAUUUCCACAUGUUGGUUUCCACGGCCAUCAGUGACUGUGAGACUAAUGCAGAAAUACAUUUGGCGGCGUACGAAGCUCUGGGUAAUGCUCUCAAAGUUUCUUUACAAGUGAUUUCUCCAGCAACUGCCAGUUUUAUUCAAGAUCUGAAUGAUUCCUCGGACCCAUUGGCAAAUGAUAGGCCUCUUCUUGAUCCCCUGGUGCUGACAUUUCUUAAUCAUAUAAAUAGCCUUCUUGCUGUACGACAAUUAGCAAGAACAAGAAGGGCUGUGCUGAUGAACUGGAAGUGGCUAUGCCUAGAAGCUAUAUUAUCCUUUCCCUAUCAUGCUAUUCAAAAUGGAAUGGAGCUUCGACAUGAUAUUACUUUCUUCUCAUAUGACACUGUCAGAUUUAUCUUUACUGACCUUGUUGAAAGCCUGGAGAAUGCUGGAGAAGAUUCUGUUUUGUCCAUGCUGAGAUCUGUCAGAAUGGUUUUGGAUCUAUUAGCGCCAAAUGGUUCAUUUGUCUCAGCCUCUAGCAGGGUUGAUGCACAAAUGAUAUGGCAAUUGGUUAGGUCUUCCUGGAUACUGCACACCAGCUGCAAUAAGCGAAGGGUUGCACCAAUUGCAGCACUUCUCUCUGCUGUGCUGCAUGCAUCUGUUUUCAGAGAAAUUGAAAUGCACGUGGCUUCUAAUGGACCUGGUCCGCUGAAGUGGUUUUGCGAAAAGGUUCUUGAAGAAGGAAUGAAAAGUCCUCGUACUAUUCGCCUUGCCGCCCUUCACUUGACAGGGUUGUGGCUCUUAAAUCCUACUAUCCUCAAGUAUUACAUGAAAGAGCUAAAGGUUUUGACACUUUAUGGUUCUGUUGCUUUUGAUGAGGAUUUUGAAGGUGAACUAACAGACAAUGUUUACGCAAGAACUGAAAUAUCAUUGUUGGCAAAAAUUCCAGAUUGUGAGAUGAUGGAAGCAUAUAUUAAUACGGAGUUGUAUGCACGAGUCUCAGUUGCUGUGCUCUUUUAUAAACUCGCGGAGGUUUCUAAGAUGGUUGGGUCCGAUGGAGAAACUGAUGUUAGCUGUGCUGCACUUGAAUCUGGAAAAUUAUAUUUAUUGGAGCUUCUUGACUCUUUGGUUAAUGACAAGGAUCUAGCAAAGGAACUAUAUAAGAAGCAUAGUGCGAUUCAUCGUCGGAAAGUCCGUGCUUUGCAAAUGUUGUGCGUUCUUUCAAAUUUCGUUCGUGAAGAUAUUGUUCAACAAGUAAUACAGAGCUUGUCAGCAUCAUUGUAUAGAAAUAACCUGCCUGCAGUUCGGCAAUACAUGGAAACUUUUGCAAUACAUGUUUACCUGAAAUUUCCAGUUUUGGUACAGAAGCAUUUAGUGCCUAUUUUAUGUGAUUACAGUAUGAAGACUCAGGCACUCUCGUCAUAUGUAUAUAUAGCGGCUAACGUCAUGCUCCAUGCAAAAGUAGAAGUUCAAUCUAGGCAUUUGAACGAAUUGCUUCCACCUAUAAUUCCGUUGUUGACGUCCCACCACCAUACGCUACGUGGUUUUACUCAGUUGCUAGUAUAUCAAGUUUUCUGUAAGUUGCUGCCAACAUUAGAUUCGAACUGUGGUGAAUCAAGCAUUUUGGAGAAAAAGUGUUUCAGCAAUGUGAAGGCGUACUUGGAAAUGAAUCCCGAUUGUGCAAGAUUGCGAGCCUCAAUGGAAGGGUAUCUUGACACAUUUAAUCCUGUUGAAUCUGUUCGCCCUACUGGAAUCUUUUCCAGUCGUGUUGAGGAUAUGGAGUUUGAAUGCGUUCCAAUGUGCUUAAUUGAGCGAGUGACAAAUUUCCUCAAUGAUGUUAGAGAAGAAUUAAGAAGUUCAAUGGCUAAGGAUGAUGCAGCUCUAAAAAACGAAAGUUUAAUGAUUGUGAAAGAUCAAGAUUGUAUGUGCCUAUCAGAAAAUGGUGGGAAAGAAAUGUUACUUUCUACUCCACCAAGUAAUAUGCAAUUAGAUUUUCAGAAGAAGUUCACAUUGUCAAAACAUGAGAUGCUGAAUGAAGAAAUGGAAAAGGAAGACCAACUUCUCGAACAAAUAUUGCAGUCAAGAAUUAUUUCAAUGAAAACUUUGAAGGAAAAUCGUCAACAACUCAUACUUGUUGCGUCCCUUGUUGAUCGUAUACCUAACCUUGCUGGGUUGGCUAGGACUUGUGAGGUUUUUAAAGCAAGUUGUCUGGCCAUAUCAGAUGUUAAUGUGCUACAAGACAAACAAUUCCAGCUGAUAAGUGUGACUGCUGAGAAGUGGGUGCCCAUCAUAGAACUCCCUGUUAAUAGUAUCAAACACUAUUUGGAGAAAAAGAAGAAAGAAGGUUUCGCAACAUUGGGAUUGGAGCAAACUGCUAAUAGUACACCCUUGGACAAAUACAGCUUCCCCCAAAGAACGGUUCUUGUUCUAGGACGUGAAAAAGAAGGAAUACCUGCUGAUAUAAUCCACAUUUUGGAUGCUUGCAUUGAGAUCCCACAGUUAGGGGUUGUUCGGUCACUCAAUGUUCAUGUUAGUGGCGCCAUUUCUAUCUGGGAAUAUACUCGUCAGCAGAGGUCAAGAUAACUUUUAUUUCGCAUCUGAACCCAAAUUCAUUCUGAUAAUGGAGCAAUAUCAUCUUAUUUUCUGGUUUUGAUGAUAUGUGUCCUCCAUAUUGCUGCAUGUUCAGCAAGGUUAUAUCUGUUUUUGUGCUUUCUUUAGGAAUUGCUUUAAUAUCUUGUAGCAUUCAUAGUAUUAAGCUCAAAAAAUAUGACAAUUGAAUAGAAUAUACUAGAUCGUUAGUUUGAUUCCUUUCAUUUUUCUUGAUUUCGUUCUUUUCUUUUUUACCUUGUAUAAAUUUUCAAGCUAUCUCAACACACAUUACAGUUUUGGUUCCAAUUACGUCUCAUCAUGAUGGUCCAUAAUAUCUGAAUGUGUUAUAUUAUGUAGGUAUGGACAAUGAUGCUUAAUAAUGCACUUGAAUCAUUGUCAUUU